CUUUUCCCGCCACCGCCAGACUCGAAGAAGCGGCCCGGGUUACAAAAAUGCGUGCGCAGCGACUCCACGAAUUACGGCGGCUCCUUCGCGGCCGCGGAGGGGGCGGGGCCAGCGCUGCCGCGGCCAAUGGGAGAGAGCCGAGGAGGGGGGCCGGCGGAGAGCCGCCGAGACGCCCCAGCAGCAAGUCCUAGAGCGGCUCUCUUUGUUAUUUUUAUAUUUUUUUGCUGGUUGUUGGGGAUUUCCUGGCUAGCUUGGAGAGAUUUGGGGCGGGGGGGGGAGUGUUGGCAGAGGGGCACUGCUCCUCCAACAGGGGUUCCCAAGCUGUGGCCCUCCAGAUCUUGAGGGACUACAACUCCCAUCACCCCGAGCCACAGGUUCUUGCAAAAGCAGGAAAUGUCAGUGACUGCAGUAGGCAAACUACAAAACAACAACAAAACACACCAGGUUUUUGAGGCAGAGGAAUGCGUGCACGGAGUUGUGAGUGAAACUGGGUGGCGGAUGGGUGUGAUAUUGUUUGCACAGGAGUGGAGGAAAGGGAGCAUCCCCCCCCCACCCAUGCCCUUAACAAUUUUUCUGCAAGGAUAUGAAGGGAGAGGUGAACAAGGGAGGAUCCACCUUCAUUUUUGUCCCAGUGCCAACCAAGAACAGGUUCUGGAAACGUCCUGCUUGCACGCAGAAGGUCCUAGUUCCCUCCCUGGCAGCAUCUCCAAGAUAGGGCUGGGAGAGAUUCCUGCCUGCAACCUGGGAGAAGCCGCUGCCAGCCUGGGUAGACAAUCCUGAGCUAGAUGGACCCAAGGGUCUGACUCGGGACCCAAUGUUUCUUCAAUGUUCCUUCAGCACAAAAAUAUUGACAUGGCACCAAAGUAGUCUCUCUCUCUCUCUCUCUCUAUGCCUCCCUCCCCAUCUCUGCUUUUUACUCUUGCUAACUGAGCAAGGAGACACCUUUCAAAGUGGUGGUUCUCUCAUAUUUAGCAGCGAGAGAGCAACUGGCCCUAUCCAGCCCCAGCACAGGAACCUUCCAGUGGCUGUUGCUGGUAUCCGCCUUAUGUUUCUUUUUAGAUUGCGAGCCCUUUGGGGACUGGUAAAGGUAAAAUGUGCCAUCAGGUCUGUGUCGACUCCUAGUGCCCACAGUCACAGAGCCCUGUGGUUGUCUUUGGUAGGAUACAGGAGGGGUUUACCAUUGCCUCCUCCUGCUCAGCAUGAGAUGAUGCCUUUCAGCAUCUUCCUCUAUCGCUGCUGCCCAAUAUAGGUGUUUCCCAUAGUCUGGGAAACAGACAAACUGCAAACAUAGUCCCAUAGUCUGGGAAACAUACCCGCGGGGAUUCGAACCGGCAACCUCUGGCUUGCUAAUCAAGUCCUUUCCCUGCUGCACCAUUAGGUGCACAAGGGACAAUCUUAUUCAUGCCUUAUUUAUUUUUCUUUGUAAACCUCCUUGAGAGCUCUGGUCGACGAGCAGUCUAUAAAUAUUUGUGCCUUGUCGUUUUCAGAAGUACCUUUUCCGGGGAGGAAAGCACUCACUGCAAACUGUGUCAAUCUCUGCCACCUUUGACAUAAAGGUUCUUAUUCUUCGUAUCGUGUUUACGAUGCCGUUCGUAGACACUCUGAUACAGAGAUCUGGAAAAAAACAAGGUGCAGGGAUUCUCUGCAUUCCUGCCCUGGUGACCCCUGUUUCCAGGGCAGCUCCUGAACACAGAACAAGGCCAAGUUCAGCUUUCCCGUAAAUGGAAAUCCCCAGGGCAGCCACAUCCGCCCACAUCACAGCGCCACCCCUUCCCAGAUCUGAAGCGCAGACUGUGAGACACACUGCUCCCACUGUGGGAAGAGGAGGACCGUGCUCCCGGACAUCGAAGUGGAGCUUCCUGGAGAUGUGAAACAGCCUCGAAAAAGGAACGGUAGUGAGAGGGGGGUGGUCCGAAAAAAGAACCCCAGACAUCUGAGCCGAGACAUCAUGGACCCGGUUCACGGCGUCCUGAAGAAGGUGGGCGGCAGCAUUUACCACCACUGGGCUCUCUACCGAUGCAACGGCUACCUCGUCCACCAGGCUUACGGCGGGAACAGCGGGCUAGUGCCACAGCAGGAACCCCAACCGGGAGACCUGGUGGAGAUUUUCCGGGGCUUUUACAGCCACUGGGCUGUCUUCGUAGGGGACGGAUACGUGGUCCACCUGGCUUCGGCAGGACCGUCUUCCUCUCUCGUCCAAUCUGUCCAUCCCAAAAAAGUCGUGGUGAAGAAAGAGCUUCUCCAGGACGUGGCGGGGAAUCACAAUUACCGGGUCAACAACAAGCAGGAUUUGAAAUGCCACCCCAGACCCGUGAAAUAUAUCCUCCACGAUGCGGAGGCAGAGGUCGGGAAGCCGGUGGAAUACGACAUGACCAGUUGGAACUGCGAACAUUUCGCCAAAUACCUGCGUUACGGCAUCCCCAUCUGCGAGCAGGUCCCAGCACCUGAAGACCCGGCUGAGAUGCCCCGAAGCACUGAUGAGGACUGGAGUCUCUGCCUAGACAUUUCCGAGGGGUUCUCCCAGGCCCAGACAGGAGCGGUUUGUCCAAAAAAUGUCGUGGUGAAGAACGAGCUUCCUAAGGACGUAGUGGGGAAGCACAAUUCCCCAGUCAACAACCAGCAGGAUUUGAAAUGUCACCUCAAACCCUUGAAGAAUAGCUUCCAUGAGGCGGAGGUGGAGGUUGAGGAGUCGGUGGAAUAUGACGUAGCCAGUAGGAACGGCAAGCAAUUCGCCAAAUACCUGCGCUGCAGCAUCCCUGUCAGCGAGCAGGUCCCAGCACCUGAAGACCCGGCUGAGAUGCCCCGAAGCCCUGAUGAGGACUGGAGUCUCUGUCUAGACAUUUCCGAGGGGUUCUCCCAGGCCCAGACAGGCUUACAGUCUAAAGGUGAUGCCCUUCUUCUUUGGGGGAAAAAGGUUCCUGCAGAUGAAGUAAUGAACUCCGUGCUUCUUGAGACCAGUUGUUGAGGCCUGGCAGGGCAGCGGUUAAAGGCUGUGUUUCCUCUUCUUGAGGUGAGGCUGCAGAGGUUGCUUCCUCGUGUCCUCCAGCCAUUUGACGGCCACGGUGAAGAGUCCCGUUGUUGUUAUCACGGUGUCCUGGGGCAAAACAAGGCCUGAAACUGUCACGGCAGCCCCAGAUCCAUGGGCAAAGACGUCUGCAGCGCAAAGCAAGCCGGCUGGCGGGAGAGGAGCUCCAACAUUGUCAUUGAGAAUGCCGUGAGGCUAUUUUGAGGCAUCCCUGGCCAAGACAGAUGUGUAGCAAUGGGUGCUCUUCAAGGGUGCCCCCUAGUGGCCGUGUUCUGAUAUCGCAAUGGAGGCUCGGUUCCUGGUCCCAGAAGCAGGAGGAGGACCAUACCUCAGGGGAAGAGCAUCUGCUUUGCCGGCAGAAGGUCCCUCGCAUUAGCAGGGCUGGGAAACCGCCCUCCGAAACCCCGGAGUGCUGCUGCCAGACGGUGCAGACAGCAUUGAGUUAGACCAACCAAUGAUCUCUGUAUAAAGCCACUUAUUAUGGGGAGAUGGGGCUGCAGCUCAAGGGAAGAGCAUCUGCUUUGCAUGCAGGAGGUGCCAGGUUCAAUGCCUGGCAGCAUCUCUAGGUAGGGCUGGGGAAAGGCCCCUGCCUGAAAGCUUAGAGUGCUGCUGCCAGUCAGUGUAGGCAAUCCUGAGCUAGAUGGACCAAGAGCCUGACUCAGUCGAAGGCAGCUUACUGUGUAAUAUAAGCAGGUGGGGGGGGGGAGAGAGAACAGGAUAACUUGCAAGCUAAAGGUCAGUUUCUGACCCUCAUGGCUGGCAGGGCAGAAUGCCAAGAGGCAUAAAUGAGGUCGGUGGAACAAAUAUUUGAAAAUAGUUGCCUUCCCAAAGCUGGAAGCAUAUCGAAGGAGCAUAUCGAAGGAGCAGCAGACUAGGGCUGUGCACGAAACCGGCUGGUCCAGUUUGGUUCGAGUCCGAACCGGACCGGAACCAGACUGGGCCAGUUCGGUCCGGUACCCCCUCAUUUGUACCUGCGUGCCCUGGGUCAUGCCCAGGCCACGCAGAGGCCCAUUGUGCAGGUGCGACGGCCUCCAAAAUGGCCACUGCACCAGUGGGGGGAAAGGCCCGAAUGGGCUAAAGAAUGGCCGAACGGGGCCAUUUUUGAAGGUGGGGAGAGGGGGAACCUCUGUGGGACCCCCCCACCACAACCUCAGAGAACCCCCACCCCGAAGGGUAAGUUUUAAAAAAAUUGUUUGCGACCCCCCCCCGAACGAGCCAGGGGGGGUUGGUCUGAGGGUCGAGCCGAACCGGGGGUGGUUCGGCUCGACCCCAAGCCUUUGAACCGAACCAGAUCGACUUUGAACCGGUUCGGUUUUGAACUGUUUGCACACCCCUUGUUCUCUGGUGCUCCCAAAGGCAGGUCUAGAACCAGUGGGUUGAAAUGACAAGGAAGCAGAUUUCGGCUAGACAUGUUUGUCUCGUGCAGUAACUUCACUGGAGAUUUCCAAAUAGAGGCUGGAUGGGAGGUUAGGGAUGCUGUUAGCAUCAGUGCUGAGCAAGGGGUCAGAGUAGAAGACCUCAAAGACUCCUUCCACUCUAAAAUUCUAUGACUGACAUCCAGACGAAGUUACUCAAUAGUAUAACAUGGGAGUUACUCCAAAGGACUACUUAAUUUUAAUAGAACGACUCAGGAGUUACUGCGUCUGGAUGUCAGCCUCUGGUUCUAUGAUUCUAAAUUGAUAUAGUGCAAUCAAAAAUAACUUGCACCUCACAUAUAUGCAUUCAGAAAAUGACAGUGUCUGAGGGGAUAAAUUAAAACAACCCAAAUUCAAGUUUCGACAUUUGUCCAAGAUGAAAAAUGUCAGGUCUCUUUGUCAAUGAAAGCAUUCAAACUUCAGUCACAGUAUGUAUCUUUCUGCACCAAGGUUUGGCCUUUUUCAUGGUAUUAACUGCAAAAAUAAAUAAGAAGAAAAUCUAAAACCCAAAGAGUUUUCCCCAAGAAUCUGAGUUUUAAAAUAACUUGUUUGCAAUUUUUGUAAACUUUUUAUUGAUCUUUUCUUACUUCUUAUAUAAGUAAUAAAUGCAUGUAACUGAUAACGUUUUACAAAAUAAAAGCCACAAACCCCACACUUUCCCUUUCAGCCAAACAACUGUUUCUAAAUCUAUGUAUAUGCACUUUAUGGAGUACUCACUACAAAAUAAGCACGCAUUUCAAUCUUUCUGGUUUGUCAAAACGUUUUUUUCUUUUGAUCUACAUCAUUCAAAUAGGAAAAUCUUCUUUCUUUCUUUCUUUCUUUCUUUUUCUUUCUUUCUUUAAAUUUAAUGUUUUUUUGACAUUUUGUAUUUGUGAAUCAGUAAGGUUCGGCAUCUGGAUUUGGUCCAGGAGUUGCUGGACCUCUUCAUGAGAAGGAACAUGGUUAUAUUGUGCUAAAUAAAAAAUUUCAAACGCC